GCGGGGCGGAAAAAAAAUAAGCACUCGAACCAAAAUGGCGACGGAGGGCGAGUACGAGUCCAUCCUGUGUGUCAAACCCGACGUCAACGUCUACCGCAUCCCGCCGCGGGCCACCAAUCGCGGAUACAGGGCAGCGGACUGGAAGUUGGAUACCCCUGACUGGUCUGGGCGAAUGAGGAUCACAGCCAAGGGCAAGGUGGCAUACAUUAAACUGGAAGACAAGGUCUCAGGGGAGCUGUUUGCUCAGGCACCGGUCCAGGAAUACCCUGGCAUUGCUGUGGAAACUGUCGGUGACUCCAGUCGAUAUUUUGUACUGCGAAUACAGGAUGACAACGGCCGCAGUGCUUUCAUUGGAAUUGGUUUUGGGGAUCGUGGGGAUGCCUUUGACUUCAACGUGGCUUUGCAAGAUCACUUCAAAUGGGUGAAACAGGAGAAUGAAAUAAGCAAAAGUGCCCAGUCAGGGGAUUCAGGACCAAAACUGGACUUGGGUUUUAAAGAGGGACAGACUAUCACACUCAACAUUGGGCAAGGUAAGAAGAGGGAUAAACCCCGCCCACAGGGAUCAGGUGGAUUUGGACUCCUCCCACCACCACCUGGAGGCAAAAUAGCUCCUCCUCCUUCAUCAAGCUCAUCCAAUCACAACACAGUUCCCCAGACAGGAGGCACAGUGACAGGCUGUCUGCUAGAGCUGGAUAGCAGUAAUUCUAACACAGUUGUCCAGUCCAACCCUAGUUCAGAUCUUUGGGGAGACUUCUCCACUCCUGCAAGCACACUCCCACCGUCAGCAAGACCGCAGAACUCGGCAAACUGGAUCCAGUUUUAAAAUCUGGAGCAGCGGUGUCUCAUAAGCCUGCAUCACCCCGCCCUACAUCUGUUAAUCAUCGCCGAGAACCAUCGCCGCUCUCUCACCGUGAAAGUACAGCCCCCUCCUUCAUCUGCACAGUCACCAGGCAGAGUUGUAGAACACCCGACGCUUAACUUAAACUACACAGAUUGUGACCUCGCUAUUUUCAAUUUUCUAUGAAUCUCAAACAUUUCUGACAGUAACGACGAGUCAUUGUUGUGUGAAAGCCAUCGAGAGGUAUGAGCCACAGGAUAAUUCCAGUAACACCCAAGGGCUGUGUGUGAUGUCCAGAGUAGCAAGGGUUCCGAUUUUUGUGAGCGCCCUCUAGAGACAUGUUGCAAUUUUUUUAAUUUAUUUCUUUUUUUCUUUUUCUUUUUUUUUUGUGAAUUUCAAAGCUCCUUCCUUGAGAUGGCAUUGAUUCUUACAUGUAAGAACAUAACUUUUGGAGGGUGGCAGGGAUUUUUGUGACAGAUGUUUAAUGAUGUGAACAUCCAAAACGUCAGCUUACGUUGAGGCUGCUGUGCACAAAGCAAAAGAAGAACGCUGCACAUCUCAAAUUAUCUUAAACUCAUAUGAGGUCAUCCAACGCAGCUGAACUUGAUUAAGUGACGAGCUACCAUUCAAAGGCAUUUUCAGAAGUUUCAGUGAAACAUACUUGAUAAAACAUGAGUAACCGUCUCAAAAUGGCUGACCCAAGCCAACUGGUGGAAAUUUGUUUCAAGUAAAGUACAACAUUAACACCGAGUACAAGAUGAAAUUACUUGUUAGUGUGGACAGUAUUGCAAAGCCGGGGUGUUUAACUGCAGAAAGGCAAAUAUCUUGGGAAUGAAACUACGUGAUGAGGGGUGAUGACCAGCGGUUGACUGCUUGUUUGCACACAUGGGUGGCAGGUUAAUAAACCCUGUGACCACAGUUUUCCAAGGUUCAAGCAGUGGCUACAGUCCAACAUGAGACGUGCACAUAAUCUUUGACUGGAGCUCAGAUUUAUCACGUGGCUGCAGGUGGAUUUUUGGAAGAGUGAAUUUAAGCAAAUGUGGGGGAAAAAAUCCUAAAAAAGAGUUGCCUUGGCUUCACUAAAUGGCACCAAAAUCUGCUGAACUCUAAACUCUGCUGAAUGCAGAUGGUGAAACACUCUUCAUUCACUACGUGGUGUGUCACCUCAGCAGUUGAUAUCAGUCUAGUGUAUUUGAUUUUAUGAGUUACUAAGCUUACCUGAGGUGUUGUGUGCGAGUCCAGAUAUUCGAACGGAAGACAGCUGAGCGUAACAAGCUGCAGCGUAAACAUUCCCCUGAUGUGUGUUCACCCGUCAACUCGCUCCUUCAGAUUCAGCGCUUAUUUGUAGCAGGCUUGUUUAGGUGUAAUGUUUGAAUUUGAAAGAAAAGGACUAAACUACAGCCUGUCGUAAGGUGACAUCAUCAACCCCAUUUGAAAUGAAUUAGCGAGUCAUCUGAAAAGGUGGGCCAGGUGAUUCAUCUGUUUUGAUGGGAAGGAGUCUGCUGUUUCCUCCCAGUCUGAUGGGUACACCAACAAUUCAACCAGCACAGAUUGUCUCCUGGCAUAAAAAGUAAAACUUAAUUUGCCAGUUCAGAGGGAGGUUUUAAUCUCAGUAUGGCGGACUUGAGUCUUGCUGCUGCUUUUUGGAAAAUUUCCACAAUAUUUCCUGGUUAAUAAAGGAGAAUUUUACAACGAGAUUUGUUGCUCCUCAAGUUGCCCCCUGCAUAUCGUGACAGAGCUGAUGUGAGAGGAGAACAAGAAGCAGAGAGAACAGCCACUGUUUUGUCUACAUGUGUGCAGUCGCAGUGUUGGGCAAUGUAAAGGACUCAAUCAAGUUUUGUUUUUUGUUUUGAUUUUGUUUUUCUUGUUUUUUUGCACAGUUGAACUAGCACUUAGUUAAUCUCUUUGUGUGGAUGUGUAAUAUUUUGUGUGUAGUCCUGACAGAGAUGACGUUCUCAGACCAGUUCAUAUGGACUGUACGGCUUGUCCUGUGCAGCUCUGUGUAGGAGAUGAACAUGAGACCUGCUGGACACUAAAGCCAGGGAAAGUAUUGUGACCUAACCCAGGUCACGUGAGAUGUAUUACUAGCGCUAGGUGUUUUGUUUUAGUGCGCACUACUAGAGGGAUGGGAUUUGUGGCAUGGGAUAGUGCAAAAGUUGUCGGGUUUAGACGACCGACUCAGAGGACGAGUGCUCCGCUGGUCCCUUGCAAACCUUGAAACACCAGUUUGAGUGAUUUCUUAUGUUGCUGCUUAAAUUGGAGGAUCGCUUUGUCUUUCGUGGGCGGGAACAAGUUCCCGAACUCACGUGGCGAAGAAACCCAAUAAAAACCACAUUACAUAGCCGAUGACCUAUGAAUUCACCUUGACAGAGUGGCCGAGUAGGGUUUGAUUGAGAGUGAGAUUUAAAAAAAAAAAAAAAAAAAGGAGCCAUGCGUACCUCAGUUCUGAGUUACCGGGUAAGUGAACUCUGAUGAUUGUCUACGAUAAUUUAUUCUUAUGAAUGUCUUGAUCGCAGCACACGAAAUGUUAAAUGUGAUGGAGAUGCUUACGCUGCUUUUGAGUUUGUGCCGUUUACAAGGUUUCGACUUACGAGCCAGCGUAAGUCGACAUUAGUUCUAGACUGUGAAUUUAUUUUCUCCUCCCAGACGUGAAGUUUUGGAGUCACCAGAUUACCUUGAGUGGCAUUGAACAUAUGAAUGGAUGUAAGGUAUCGGGGUCGUUAGUUUUGGAAAUCUGUGUCAUUUAUGUUUACAUUGCCCAUUAUGGUGGCUGCGUUAUAAUGAUGUCUCCCAUUCCUCACUCAUUCCACACUGGCUGUAAAAUCACUGGACUAACACUUUUGAUUUAUGACCAAUUUCAUGAGAAAGAGGCAAUAAAUACUUUA